AUGCCCUACAAUACCACCGCUAUCCCCCCUCGCCGGGAACCUUCAGGCACUACACAGCUUCCCCUAUCGCGAGUACGAAAGAUGAUAAUGCAAGACCAAGACAUAGCCGUCUGUGCCAAUAGCGCCGCCUUCGUCCUCACCCUCGCAACCGAACUAUUCAUCCAAUACCUAGCUGAACAAGGUCACAACGUCGUUAAAUCUGAAAAGAAACCUCGUCGUAACAUCCAAUACCGAGAUCUAUCAAAAGCAGUAGCCCAACUCGACAACCUCCAAUUCCUCGAAGACAUCGUCCCGCGCACCGUGCCCUUCGCAGAAAUAAAAGCCAAAGCCAGCGCCAAAGGCAAGAAGCCCUCUUCCUCCACCCUUGCCUCCGCAGCAACGGUAGCGAACGGUGAAGCUAGCGGCAGCAGCAACGGCAGCGGUAGUGGUAGUGUAGAGACUGGUCAAACGAUGCUUGAUAGCAAGGCAUUUCCUGUGGCUGUGGCUGUGGCGAAUGGCAAUCGUAACGGUGCUGUUAAUGGGGAUGCGGAAUUACUUGAUGGGGAUGUUGAUGCUGAUCCGAAUACGCAGUUGGAGAUUGAGAGUAGGGGGGCGGGAGCGAGAUUGAGUACUGGGUUGAAUGGGCAGGAGGACGUGGACAUGAGCUAG